GGGAGGGCACGCGCCCAGGACUGCCAGAAGAACUGCGCGAGACCAGCGCGCGAGGGGCGGAGCCGCGGACGGGGCCAGCGGGCGGGUUUAAUGCACGCGCUCCUGCGAGACUGAGGGCCGGUUCGGUUCGGAAAGUCCAGUCUGAGGACUGACGACAGACCGCGCGCGCACCUUCCCACCUGACACUUUUGGCGCGGAUGAGCUGCGCGCGCCGCCGCUGACUGGCACGCGCUGUUCUGGAAGAGCUUCAGACAGGAUGUACCCCGGGCACGCGCAGGGGAAAGACUCUAGGGCUGCAGAUAAGACCGUUGCCAUGGUCCUGAAGGAGAUUCCCAAUAAGGCGUCUUCAGAAGGCAAGCCCCUCCUCCCCGUGACCAACAAGCUGGUGAAUGAGCAACAGGAAAGCCGACCCCUGCUGAGCCCCUCCAUCGACGACUUCCUGUGUGAGACGAAGUGUGACGAAUCCAUCCGUCCUGUCACCUCUAACACAGCAGUCCUGUCCUCCUCACUGGACCUGCUGGACCUGAGCGAGCCCGGCGAGAGGAGGAACAGUAAGGACAGGAGAAGCCCAGUGUCUGGCAGGACCACGCCCCACAGAAAGAAAGGGGAGGAAACUGAGCUGAUCCAGGUGGACGUAGAACAGAACACACCCCGUUCCCGCACUCCUGUAAAAGACUGUCUGGAUCCAGUAACUGUUCCAUCUCCACUGGAGAAAUGGGAGGAGCUUAACCUCCAUCCAGAGAGAACUGGCAGCAGAAAGUGGAAGCUGGAGAGGAGGCGGUCCUCAAAGAAUUCAGGAGAGUUUGUGUGGUCCAUCGAUGGCAAAAUACAAAAUGAACCAACCCAUAAAAACUCAUUAGAAGUGAGUUAUAAGGCAGAUACAGAGACGUCCCCCGCCACUCAGCUCAACAGGCAGUUUAUUAGUGGAAGACAUGGCCGUCUGGGUAAAGACCAGCGGUGGGGCAGUGCCCUCCUGUCCAGAAACCAGUCCCUGGAAGAGGAGUUUGAGCGAGCCAAAGCAGCUGUGGAAUCAGACACAGAAUUCUGGGAUAAGAUGCAGGCAGAGUGGGAGGAGCUAGCACGGCGGAACUGGCUGUCGGAGAAUGAGCAGGCCCAGAUCCCAUCCUCCGUUUCACCACUUGAAAAGGGGUAUUACUUUCACACAGAUAACCCAUAUAAGGACUGGCCCAACGCGUUUGAGGAAGGUGUGCGGAAGGCCAGGGAGGGGGACUUGCCGAAUGCUGUCCUGCUGCUGGAGGCGGCCAUCCUGCAGGACCCCCAGGACUCAGAGGCGUGGCAGGUGUUGGGCACCACGCAGGCGGAGAACGAGAACGAGCAGGCAGCAAUCGUCUCCCUUCAGAGGUGUCUGGAGCUCCACCCCAAUAAUCUGCAUGCGCUGCUGGCGCUGGCAGUGAGCCUGACGAAUACAGGGAUGAAGCAGGACGCGUGUGAGGCGCUGCUCAGUUGGUUUAAACACAACCCCAAAUACAAACACCUGCUGAAGAGCCACGCCCACCUCCAGGCCUCACCUGGGUCCCGCCGCCUGUCCUGCACAUCACCCAUGUCAUGCACUCUGCUGCCUGAUGUGAAGGAGCUGUUCCUGGAAGCUGCUGGACAGAACUCGGACCUCAUUGACCCGGACCUGCAGACGGGCCUGGGAGUGCUGUACAACCUCAGCUCUGAGUUCAACAAGGCUGUGGAAGCCUUUAACUCCGCCCUGUCUGUCCGGCCUGAGGAUUACCUGCUGUGGAAUCGUCUUGGGGCGACGCUGGCGAAUGGCGACCGCAGCGAGGAGGCGGUGGAGGCCUACACCCGAGCCCUGGAGCUGCAGCCCGGCUUUAUACGCUCGCGUUACAACCUGGGAAUCAGCUGCAUCAACAUGGGAGCACACAGGGAAGCUGCCAGUAAUUUCCUGACGGCACUCAGCCUGCAGAGGAAGAGCCGGAGUCGGCAGUUUUCACACCAGGUCAUGUCCGGGAACAUCUGGGCGGCGCUGAGGAUAGCGCUGUCCAUGCUGGACCAGCCCGAGCUCUUCCAGGCAGCGAACAUCGGGGACCUGGACUUACUCAUGAGAGCCUUCAACCUGGAGCUGUGAACCAGGAGCCCCUUAAACUGCGAACAAGCCAAGAACCCAAAGUCCCUCACAGGAAGUGACCCGCGUUACUCCUCUCCGCAGAGCACCUUUACAUUCCAGAGGAUGCCGAGAUUAACUGGAGGCUAAUUCUGACGGCGGAUUUGCACUGCAGCGAAGAUUUCCCCGAAGAGCACAACGCCCGGCCAAGAUUGUAGAAGUAUGCCUUAGAGAAAAAAUCAAUUAGUGACCGGCCAUCCGGCGCAGCAGGACACGCUGCCUGACCCCAACACGGUUCUGCUGCUCUCGCAAACUGAAACAGCACGCAUUUACAGUAUGUUUAUUAUUUUAAAUAGAACAAAGCAAUAGUUUAAAAUUACUCAAGAAAUGAAAUGCAUCAGUUUUUAUUUAAAACAUACACCAUUUCAGUAGAAAAUUAUAAAUAGAAGUUAUUAAUUAUGUAAAUGAGUGGGAGGGGCAUCUUUAGCAGACCCUUUUUGCACUAAGCUUAUAUUUAAAGAUGUGUAGAAUCUUUCCUUACCUUGUUCUGCUCGAACCUGCGGCCUAUAAAGCCUUACUCCACUCGCAUGAUCAGCUUUAGCCUCCACUGACUCUGUUCCAACAUCUGGACCAUUUUCUGACUGAAGCCAUAUCUGACCUCUCUCCUCCCUGACCCAGACUCUUCCUCAAUCCCACACUCAGUGCUUUCUGUCUCAUCACCUUCACCGGCUCUGCUGAUUGUUGUGGACGUAUGGAGGAUGAUGAUGGCCGUCCUUCACUUUGCUGUUUAAUAUGAAGUAGAGCUGAGCGAUAUGGUAAAAGUAUUGUGUUACAAUAUUUAAACAUAUUUUCUUGAUAUUUAUCACAAUACAUGUGAUUGUAGACAAGAUGCAUCAGUCACCACAGUAGCGACUUUUAAUUCAAUAUACUGCAGCUCAUUCAAUUAAACAGCACUAAUUACUCUCUCAGCACUUAAAGUUGGAUCAGUGGUUGUAGGCAUUGAUGGAAUCCACAAUAUGAUUUAAAUGUAUGUUGUUAGUACAAUAAAAAGAUUUAUAACAAUACAGUAAAAUACUGCUAUAUUGCCCAGCUCUACCCUGAAGAGUUCAGUUCCAUGAAACACCUUAAUGGGAGAUUGUCUGUUACUAAAUUUAAUUGCUGAGAUAUGUUACAUAAAAUCCCUCAAAAAUGUUGUUUAUUAAGUGUAAUCGGUGAGAGAUUUUACUGUGGUAAAGUUCCACUGUAACUAUUGGGAUGCUUAUGAGACAGGUAUGAGACGUUAUAGAAUGGUUAUGAGACUGUUAUAAGAUGGGUAUUGGAUGGUUAUGAGACAGGUAUGAGACAGUAAUGGGAUGGUUAAAGGGGAUCAUAAGGAAAAUCUUGAUUUAAGGUGUUUCAUGGUGCUGUGCUCAGUCCCGCAGCACUGCGUCUGUACUGGUUUGGUUUUAGCAUCAUUGUAUUACUGUGUUAAUGUAAUGUGAUUGUUUUAGACUCUGAUAUUUUUUCAGGUUUGAUAUCAUUAACACUGCCCAAGAAUAGCCUGAGGCCCGAUGUUCCCAGUCCCAGUCCCUGUUCAGAAUAGUUCACUAAUCGCUGCUGACGAUCACACUGAUGGUGCCCAGAUGUGAAGCGGCUGCUCUGGAUGAAUAUUCCUGUGCAAGGUGAUCUGAGGCAAAAAGUAUGAGCUCGUUUGGAGGUUGAACCCAUUUUAAAAGCAAAAUUAACAAGUUGCUGUAAACACUAGAGUCAGGCAAUCUGAUAUCAGAUUAAUAUUAUGAUUAAUUUAACAUUUUACUGUUUUAUUACAAUACUGGACAGUUAUUUUAGUGAAUGACACAGUAACUCAAGUCACAGAUUGGAUAGAGUGGAGUCACAUGACUAAGCAGUGUAGAUAUAUAUUUAUCUGAUCAUGAGUUAGAGGUUCUGGAUUCCAGUUUUGAUUCACUGUAAAGAAUUGUUAAGCUCUGAUACACAGCACAGUAAGGUCAGUGUAGCACAUUCAGAACCGAGCACCUCGUGUUCUGGUCCGGUGGGUAGAGUGCGGUACUGGGCUCGGGAACUGACGGCUGACGGUAAACACGAUGCAGAAAAUCAGAAAU